AUGCUUAGAUUUGCUCGUCAGUUUUCGUCUUCAAGACAUGUCUUGAAAGGUCAAAACUUGACCGAAAAGAUUGUGCAAACGUACGCUGUGGGAUUGCCCAAAGGGAAAAUAGUAAACUCCGGUGACUAUGUGUCUAUUCAGCCCGCUCACUGUAUGUCUCACGACAAUUCGUGGCCUGUGGCUCUUAAAUUCAUGGGCCUGGGAGCCUCUCAGGUGAAAGACCGCAAGCAAAUUGUCAACACUUUGGACCAUGACGUGCAAAAUACCACGGAAAAGAAUCUGACAAAGUAUAAAAAUAUCGAAAAUUUCGCCAAGAAACAGGGAAUCAAUUUCUACCCGGCUGGCCGUGGUAUUGGCCAUCAAAUUAUGAUAGAAGAGGGCUACGCUUUCCCCUUCAAUCUUACCGUGGCAUCGGAUUCCCAUUCCAACACAUACGGUGGUAUCGGUUCUUUGGGGACCCCUAUCGUGCGUACAGAUGCGGCAGCCAUCUGGGCCACGGGCCAAACGUGGUGGCAGAUUCCACCCGUGGCCCAAGUCGAACUGAGAGGUGAGCUGCCUCACGGUAUUUCCGGUAAGGAUAUCAUUGUGGCAUUGUGCGGAAUUUUCAACGAGGACCAGGUCCUGAAUCACGCCAUUGAAUUCACCGGGAGCUCUCUAGACAAAAUUCCCGUAGACUACAGACUAACGAUUGCCAAUAUGACCACAGAAUGGGGUGCCCUUUCGGGCUUGUUCCCCGUCGAUCAAACUUUGAUCGAUUUCUACCGUCAAAGAGUCCAAAAAGUCGGACCCAACCAUCCUAGGCUAAAUGAGCAACGUAUCAACGAGUUGAGCCAACAAAUGGAUAAGCUAAAGGCCGAUGAAGAUGCAGUUUACGCCAAAAAACUUGUCAUAGAUCUCAGUACCUUGACCCACUAUGUUUCGGGUCCUAACAGUGUCAAGGCUUCUGCAACCGUUCAAGAAUUAUCACAACAAAAUCUGAAAAUCAACAAGGCAUACUUGGUUUCUUGCACGAACUCUCGUUUGAGCGACCUGGAAGCUGCCGCACACGUUGUGUGCCCAACUGGCGAUCUAAACCAGAUCAAUAAAGUUGCACCUGGCGUCGAAUUUUACAUUGCGGCUGCGUCGUCGGAAGUCGAAGCUGAUGCGAAAGCCUCAGGUGCCUGGGAAAAACUAUUGCGUGCUGGGUGCAAGACGCUCCCAGCUGGCUGUGGCCCAUGUAUUGGUCUUGGUACAGGUCUUUUGGAACCGGGCGAAAUUGGUAUUAGCGCUACAAACCGUAAUUUUAAAGGAAGAAUGGGUUCCAAAGAUGCGUUGGCCUAUCUUGCAUCGCCAGCCGUUGUCACCGCUUCUGCCAUUCUUGGCAAAAUUGGGUCUCCCGCAGAGAUCUUGAAGGAGAAAGACCCCGCUUUCAACGGCGUGUCUGGCUGGGUCGAGGACGUUCCUGCCAAAGACGCGCAAGUUUCCGCUGAGCAGACUGGGCCUGUCGAGAUGCUAGAAGGCUUCCCAUCGCGCAUCACAGGCGAGCUUGUGCUUUGCGACGCGGACAAUAUCAACACAGAUGGGAUCUACCCAGGAAAAUACACAUAUCAAGACGAUGUUUCUCGCGAGAAGAUGGCUGAAGUGUGCAUGGAGAAUUACGAUGCUGAAUUUGGAACUAAGGUCAAAGCGGGCGAUAUUGUCAUCAGUGGCUUCAAUUUCGGCACAGGCUCGUCCAGAGAGCAGGCGGCCACAGCGCUGCUUGCCAAGGGUAUUGAACUUGUUGUUUCUGGAUCCUUUGGUAACAUUUUCUCCAGAAACUCGAUUAACAACGCUCUGUUGACGCUGGAGAUCCCCACACUAAUCCAAAUGCUAAGAGAAAAAUACAAGGAUGCUCCCAAGGAACUGACAAGAAGAACUGGCUGGUUUUUGCAGUGGGACUUGCCAAACAGUAAGGUUAUUGUCACUGAGGGCUCUUUGGACGGCCCUGUCGUCUUGGAACAAAAAGUCGGCGAACUCGGCAAGAAUUUACAAGAAAUUAUUGUAAAAGGUGGGCUUGAAGGCUGGGUGAAAUCCCAGCUCUAG